AUGGAUGUGAAUCGCAUCUUCUCGGCGGAGCAGAUUGCAGUGCCUCCCGACCUCCCGCACGUGCUGAAGGACUGGACGAAGGCCGUGAUUCGGGAGAACCCGACCGACCUACUUGCUUUCUCGCAGCAGUGGUUCCAAGACAAGGCGGCGCAGGUGUCACAACGCAAGGCUGUAGAGAACCAGAUCCGACGCAUGCGGCAACUGUUCGAGAGCUACGAUGUAGACGGUCAAGGUCGCAUGGAGGCUAAAGAUCUGGGCAAGUUCCUGGGUGAAGACCUCGGCAUGGACGGGUACGAGGAUGGCAGUCCUGCCGAGGUGCUGGAAGACCUGGUAAUGGAGCUAGACCCAGACAACACGGGAUUCGUCGAGCUGCACGACAUCAUCCAGUGGUACCAGCAGCGGUAA